AUGCCUACUACUACUGACAUUGUUCUCGUUCCUGGUUACUGGGAAGGUCCCACGGUCUGGCGGGGCGUGGUCCCUGGGCUUGAGAAGGACGGGUUCAAUGUUACGACCAUCAAGCUCCUCAGCACUGGCACACCUGCCUCAGAGUCUCCUAAAAGUCCAUCCAUGUACGACGACAUUGACGUUAUUCGCAAAGCUAUUGAAGAAAUUGUGGACCAAGGUAAGAACGUUGUGCUGGUAGGGCACUCUGCCGGCGCUUUCUUAGGAUCUCAUGCCCUACAGAACCUCACUCCGAAAGCCCGCGAGGAGGGUGGCAAGCCGGGAGCGGGAGCCGUUGUCAAGUUGGCAUUUAUUGCAGGGGCACUUUUCCCGCCCGGGCACGAGCAUGGGCCAGCUCCGUUCAUGAACGUGCAGGGAGACAAGUUAUUCUGCAAGGCUCCUCGCGAUCUCCUAUUCAAUGACAUUGUCAGCGACGAGGAGGCUCAAUCAGAGGUGGAAAAGCUUUCCUUCCAGUCAGGCUUUGGCUGGGACAACACAAUUCAAUAUGCGGGCUGGUUAGAAAUCCCAAGUGCUUAUCUGGUCUGCGAGAAGGAUGCGUGUUUCCCUCCCCCGCUCCAAAGGCAGAUUGCUGAAGGUGCAAAGAGCUCACCAAUUGAAUUUUGCGAUGCUGGCCACAUGGCGCCAAUCACACAGUCCAAGGUCGUGGUAGACUUCAUCGUUAGGACGGCUAAGUCUGUGUAA